UGCGCGUGCGCUCGUGGUCUCGAGCUCGGAUCAGUCAGAGUUAAACUGGAGACUAGUCUGUCCAUGCUGAGCGGCUUCACUAUGAACACACAUGUUAUUUACUAACAGCCUGUGCAGCGCAGAGCGUCUGUUUUCAAAGAUUUUGAAAUGAAGAAGGACAUUGAUACUCUAAUAGCUGAAGAACGGGCUGAAAUCAUCAAAAAAUAUGAGAAGGGCAGGCAGGAGGGUGUGCACAUUAAACCCUGGGAGGAUGCCGACUACAGCAUCUACAAGGUCACGGACCGCUUCGGUUUCCUGCAUGAAGAGGAACUGCCAAUACCGACCGUGGCAGAGGAGAAGUACAAACUCCAGGAGGUUGAAAGAGUGGAAAAAUGGGUUAAGAUGGUGAAAAGUUGGAACAAGUACUUUACGAGUGAAAAGAUGAUGAAGCGGGUAUACAAGGGGAUUCCCUUGAAGCUGCGCGGCCAGGCCUGGGCUCUGCUGCUGGACGUGGAAAAGGUGAAAGAGGCGAAUUACAGGAAGUACGAGAAAAUGAAGGAACAAGCCAAGAAGUAUUCGACAGAAAUUAAGCAGAUUGAUCUGGAUGUCAACAGGACCUUCAGAAACCAUAUCAUGUUCAUGGAACGCUUUGGGGUCAAACAGCAAGCCCUGUUCCAUGUGCUGGCAGCGUAUUCGGUCUACAACACGGAGGUGAGCUACUGUCAGGGCAUGAGUCAGAUCGCUGCCAUUCUGCUCAUGUACAUGAAUGAGGAAGACGCAUUCUGGGCCUUAUCACAGCUACUGACCAAUCAGAAACAUGCCAUGCAUGGAUUCUUCAUCCCAGGGUUUCCCAAACUCCAGCGUUUUCAGGUUCAUCAUGACCAAAUACUGUCCAAACUCCUUCCCAAACUCAGGAAACACUUGGAUAAGGAACAGAUGUCCACUGGUAUCUACACAACCAAAUGGUUCCUUCAGUGUUUUAUUGACAGGACACCCUUUACACUCACCCUGCGCCUUUGGGACAUCUACAUAUUAGAAGGAGAAAAGGUUCUAACCGCCAUGGCCUAUACGCUCCUCAAAUUGCACAAAAAGCAUCUUCUGAAGAUGUCUCUGGAGGACCUGAGGGAGUUUCUGCAGGAGCGUAUUGCUUCUUCCUUCAGCAUGAGCGAUGAUGCAGUUAUUGAGCACCUACAGUCGUCUAUGUCAGAACUCCGCAGGAUGAAGCUUGACCUCCCUCCUCCAGCCAAGGGAGAUGAGUUCCCAAAGAUACCCCUGGGCGAGGAGCGUCCAAUAAUACUGCUUCCAGUAAUCAAGACUGAGUGCGUGCCCUUACCACCAUCAGCACACAACAAUCAAACCUCAACCAAGCUUCAGAAGGAAGACACCACCACCCACAAGCAGAGCAAUGAAAAACACAUCCCUACCAUUACCUCAUCUUCCCCUCUUUCAAAGCACACCCAUUCAACUUCCAACUCUUUACUGUCACAAGCUACACCUGAAGAACCAGGGACCACGGUGAAGAAUGAAGACAGUGCACCUGUACAAAGACCAGAUCAUCUACUACACCCAGAAUCUGCACUGUUUUCAGCAGAGACUCUUUCGUUGAAGAAUGAAUGUGUUAGUAGACCCCUAUCAGCAGUGUCUGAAGAUUGGCCUCCUCCGUACCAGCCACCCAUAACAGAUUCUUCCAGUAUCCACUCUUUGAAUCUCCCAGAAUUACCUCCUCCACCUCUUCCCUGUACCGAAGAAGGGGUCAAGCUUUCACCUCUAGAAGAGGAUGUCUCAUUUUGCCUUCCUCCACCUCCACCACCAAUUACCCAACCUUUGGAUCUCAUCUUAGAAGAUCCGUCUUCGUCACCUUCCUCGUAUAGAUCCUAUCGGCAGCUAAGCAAGUUUCCGGUCAACCUGUAUGUGCCGCCGUCAUCAGGUGACCGGAGACCUUCCAACACCUCGCAUUACGACAACCUCUCGGAAGAGGAGGAUCUGUCUGUGGAGAGGCUGCUGGAGAUGGCGGCCACAUUGCCGCCAAACCCAAACUUGGGUCUCAUGAACACCACCCUUCCCCUUCCUCCAGAAGAUGCCACGUCUCUUCCUCUACCACCCCCAUCUAUGUUCUUCUACACGCCUGACUCUUCGCCACUCCCUCCAAUUCCUUCAUGCAUUGAGGAGGCAAACAGUUGGGUGACUCCAGACUGCGUUUUUCCCCAACCACCUUCUGACUUUGCAGAUAAACCCAACCUCGUAUCUUCAGUCUCAUUCAAUCAGGUGGUUCCAAACCAGACUGAAGAAGAUAGGAGUCAGUCACAGCUCCCAAGACUACCGCCCAAAAAAUCCCGACCCACAAUGGUCUCUCCUGUACACUCUGAUUCAGACUUCUAUCGAAUGCAUGUUUCAAGUCAUUAGUUGCUGGAGUCACAUUUAAGUAGUGUGAACUGACGGCAUGUUUCCAUCGUUCGGACAUUUUCAAUCUUUUAGGUGUUGCAAUUAUUUCCUAUGUUGCAAUGUCUUUUAUAUAUGACAGAUCUAAACAAGAUGCUAGAAUGUGUUUUAUCAGUGUGUCAUGCAAAUUUAACGUACUGGCAUCCCCUUUUCUAAGGUGAAGCAUCUAUAGUUGUAGCAGUUAUCAUAAUCACCAUUUGGUUAGUUGAGCAACCAGUCUUCCAGAGAGUCAUCAUGUGGUUUGAAAUUAUAUCUUUAAUCUGUUUAGUAUUUGAAUUACUGAUAUUUCCACAGGUCACCGCAGAAAACGUGACAGUCACCAUUAUUUUGUUUGUCUCUGUUGUUUUUUGGGAGAUAUUAUGUCCCCCAAUUAGAUCAGUUGUUAUUUCUUUGUCUUAUGUUUUAUUGCUUGGUUUUAUAUCUUGGUGCAAUUGUGUUUUCUUUUUAAACGUUGGUUAUAUUAUGAAUAUGAAGAUGUUGUGGAAAUGUAAAUAAGGAUCUUUCCACACUGACAUAAGUUCCCUGAUUUCAUUGAAAGGGCAUUUUUCAGUGGUUUCAGAUUUGCUCAAAAAAUUAAUUCCUUCAACUGUAAACCUUAGUGCUGUGUACUGCCCUCUAACGCCAUCUUAUGGAAGAUAAUGAAGCACAGCUUGGUCAAAAAUGAUAUACUGGGAAAUACUGCCACCACACUGAAUGUUAAAUGAAGAAACUGUAUAUUCAAAGUUAUUUUAUGGCGUUGUUGUGUAAUUGUAAAUAGAACAUGUUUGAUUUGCACUUUGUUGUUUGUAUUGAGAGCUUAUAUUUAAUUGCAUUUAUAUUAUGCUUCUCAGGUUAAAAGGUCUUGAUGUUCAGUUUGUGUUGAAACUUUUAAACCAAGUUUAAUGUUUGAACUUUUUGAACUCCAUGCUCAUUUGACUUUUUUUUGAUUAACUAAAAAAA